AUGGCGACGUCGGGAACAUAUGUGACUGAAGUUCCGUUGAAAGGAUCGGCGGAGAAACACUACAAGCGAUGGAAGACCGAGAACCACCUCUUCCCCGACGCCAUUGGCCACCACAUUCAAGGUGUUACCGUCCACGAAGGCGAAUGGGACUCUCAUGGAAGCAUCAAGAUUUGGAACUACACAUGCGAUGGGAAAGCUGAGGUGUUUAAGGAGAGGAGAGAGAUAGACGAUGAGAAUAAUGCGGUUACGUUCAGAGGUCUUGAAGGUCACGUGAUGGAAGCCCUUAAGGUGUAUGACGUCAUCUUUCAGUUCAUUCAAAAGUCGCCUGAUGAUAUCAUUUGCAAGAUCACUAUGAUCUGGGAGAAGCGAACCGAUGACUCGCCUGAGCCAAUCAACUACAUGAAAUUCGUCAAGAGCCUCGUUGCCGAUAUGGACCACCACGUCCUCAAAGCUACAUGA